CUCGUUUUGAUCAUCGGAUCCACACCACCUUACUCCCAUUGUCAACAUGACAUGGACGGCCACAUAGCAGACGUGGGCUCGCGAGGAUCCGUAUGGAUUCAAGAUCGCGGCGAAGGCUCCUCUACUGGCACACGUCUCGAGCCAGCAUUUGGCAAUCGAAGGCAGGGCAACCUCAUUCUUCCUCGUCCUGCUUCGCAGCCGCUGGCUAUCUUCCCGGCAUCGCGAGCAAGCAACUAUGCAAGUCCAUCAGAUGCAAAGGGUGCUCAGUCCUCUACAGAGUAUCUGCGAGGCAAGCAUCCAGAGUUUCAAGAUGCGCCCGAUGAAGUCCUGCGAGAUCUGCUUGGCGAAGCUCAGCAAUCUCGCACUCCUUCAACUGGAUGCAAGGUCCUCAUCACUCCAUACCUCGCUGCCAGCAACGUCUCCCUCAUAGUCAACGUGGGCGGUUCUCGCAACGAGAACAUCUACAUCUCGACACUACACCCUCCUGGGGUAACUGCGGACGGCAGCAAGCGUCGAAGAAGGCGCAGCAAGACAAAAGGACAACUUGACAAUCGCGAUCAACCGACCCUUCGACCAAUCCUGCUACCAGCCUUCAUCUCCGACUCGCCCAUCGUCGAUAUCUCCCUUGCCCCUAAUGAGCCUGCUAUGCCUGGGUCUCGUCACCACGAAGGGCCAUGGAUCUCCAUCCGUACCCUCACCGCGCUGCACUUCUGCGCAAUCCACCGCGUCACGUCUCGAAAGCACGACAAGGCUUCAAGACCGCUGCCGCCGUACACCCUGAAUAGCAUCGCAACAAUACUGACUCGACAAGUAUAUGCGGAGCGAGACAAAGACGACGUCGAGUUCUCCUCGUCACCCCCCGCCGCCACUUUCUCGCUGGACCGCUACCCAGUCUCAGACGUGGCCUGGGACCCCUCGUCACGCUCAACCGCCCUCAUUGUGGACACGCAGGGCAACAUAUGGCAGUGGAGCGUCGACUUGCUGCGCUCCGGCGAUAACAAAUGGCUCAGUCGUGGUCAUCGCCUGCAGCGCGUUUCCAACUCGCCUUUGCCUCCGCAGCCGGAUUUGGCAGAGGAAGACAAGCCCGCAAGACGCAAUCAUCGCUGUCGUGUCGCUUGGUCUGAUGCGUAUGGCUCCGAGUCGGUCAUCCUGUCCACCGAUCAUGCCGUGUGGGUGGUUGACCUGCGUGAUGGCGACACAGAAGGCCGCAUCGAGUCCGUCUUCGAAGCCGCACCCUCGACAACUCACCUUCGACGGUCACGUCUACACGCUCUCAUCAACCUGAGCCUGCCUCAUCCUCUCUCACGAACAAUGGAUCACUCAGAUGAAGCCGGCCUGCCACUCCUAAUCGCCGCCUCGUCAACGUCCCUCCACGUACUGGACGCAGUAGAUCCACGGCAGCAACUCCUCACUAUCCCUCACAAUCGUCACUUCGACGACGACACUCUUACCCUGACCUUCCUCCCCGGCCUCACACAUGCGAAAGGACAAAGAGGCUACUCAGCUGUGCUGCUAUCCUCGACACGCGACUCAACGACGACACUGUACGGAAUCGGCUGUUCCCUCGCUCUCGCAGACGAGACAGCGGGGCAGAGACGCGUAACUCGAGCUUGGCAGGCGCAUGGCCCUUGUGAAUGGGCUGCUAUGAAGGAUCUGGCACCGAAAGAAGCGCCUGUAGUCGCAUUGUGGAAGCAACUGCUACCUGUCGACCAUCAGCUUGAUAGUCCCUGGCGAAGAUGGCGCAGAAGCUCAGUGACGAGGGACGUGCUAGGCAAGUGGGCGACAUUGCAACGUGACGCGACUACAGGAGAGGUCUGGCUCACUGGAUGGUGCUAUCGCGGACCCAAAGCAUCCAACAGUCAGGAAGGCAGCCAAGUCCCGCGCGAUCCGCUACCGAUUACCGUGUAUCAAAGCCAGGCUGUGCACGAGCUACGCGCGCUCAUUGCGGCACAGGAAGGACAUGGCGUCCUCGCUGCUCGUCGGGUAGGCCAGGUCGAAGCCGCUCACGCAGCUAGUUGGGCUGGGUCUACAUGGUCGGUCGAAGACCGCAAGGAUGCCACGACAGUCGAUUUCGCUACGACAUGGGCUCGGAUGAAUGCUAUGCAGGAUGUGCCAACAGGGAGAGGGGAGGCACAGUACGACGCGAUUGCCCGGAUGCCGAGGGCGCUGAGCAUCGUAGGCGAGGUGCCCUGCGGUAGCAUGGUCACUGGACAGGACCUCAUGGCCCUCGCAUCACUGCAUGGCUCGUCCUCGACAAUAUCUACAGGCUCACCUUGCGUCGUCGGCAGCCUGACUCCCUUCUGGUACGGACCAGGCGCCAUUUCCAGCCUGUCUGCACCUCACACGCUGCUUGCCCUCGGCAAAGCGAGAAUUCAGGCAGGCAUCAAUGCCGACCUGAUUGCCGCCCUGACCGCAUGCCGGGCUCUUGCCAGCGGUCUUUGGUGGGAUGGUGAGCGAUGGCCCAUGGCAACGUUGCUGAGGGUUGCCGAGGCGGUCGAGGACGAAACGCGUCAGAACGGAUCGCAGGACGGCAAGCAAUCUCAAAGCCAAGUCACAGACGAGCAAGCCGAGCAAGCAACCUGGCAACGGCAUGUCGAGGCUAUCGUGCGGCGCUAUGCCGCAAGCAACACGGACCCUACAGCUUUGAGCGACAUGACGAGCUCGAUCUGGCAGCUGAUUCAUCACCUCGUCUUGUCGAACGAGGUGUGGUCACCUAGACCCAUCACCAUCGAAGCUCUCCCUUCGCUUCCCCUUCCGUCGGCAGAGGAGUUCGGUACAGUCGCACAAACGUCGACCGAGUGGGACGCGGCAACAGUCGCGACUCGGGGAGGUGCUGGCCGAUCAUCAAGACAGGAUCGCCUCCCAAGCGGUGCUCGUCACCAAAGCGAAUCGCUUCGCAGCAAGAUGGCCCGCAUGGGCGGAGGGCCGAUCCAGCGCGAGCUAGACAGUGAUGUUGAGGACGACUUUAGCGACGAUGAGGAUGCUCGAGAGCCUACGAUAGAGGAAGAGGCGUCGCGACGCUACCCUCCACCGGAGCCGAUCCACUUCUCCUACUUCCAGCCCACCAAGCGUAAGAACAGCGGUGCUGCUCCUGGCAGCGCGCCCACCACCCUCGCAUCUCGUCUGCUCCUCUCCACCUGGCCUCUCACCUCCCUCGACCCGACCUCGGCAGAGAAUGACCCCUCCUAUUAUACCUACUCCGACCCUUACGUCCUUCUGGACGCGGCGAGGCGCACCGCCGAGGGAGGGUACAGCUCUGCUGAUAGCGCAGGAAGCGGCUGGGCAUCGCAAGGCUCCGAACGCUCUCGAUCGCGCUCGAGGUCUGCAAGUGCGAGUGCUAGUGCCCUCGCCUCAGGUCUGAGCGAUAUAGAGAGCGGGGGAUGGACUUCUUCCGUAGGCGGCGCGGGUGGUUGGACGAGCGGAGCGGAGAGCGCUGCCAGUGCUUGGUUGUCUGACGAUGCAGCGAGGGCCAUCGUGGCAAGGCGGAGCGUGUGGGCUGCUGGACUGGGCAGCAUAGGUGCGCAUGGAGAGGGGUCGUCGGCAGCCCCGUUGCGGACCUCGCAACGUGGAAGCUCCUCCCUUCCUCCUACAGGCACGCCCGUCGCUUCCUCUUCCGCAGUCGUCCCGGCUAGCGUCGACAGAAGGGCGGCAAGGAGGUUGGCUCCGCCGAGUAUCGUCAGCUCUAGUACGCAUACGGGCACUGCAACCGGGACAGGUACGGGUGAGGCGAGUGGUGAUGUAGCGCAUCGUCGUCGUUCUCAGGCCGUGGCGGGGGGCGUUGGGAGUGGAGCGACCAGAUUCCUUCAGAGAGCCCCUCUUGGGGCUGGAUCGCAGUCGCAGCAGAUGAGCGACAGUCAGAUGGCGUCUUCCAUGUCUCCACGAGUGGGCGCGCAGAGCCAGCCGGCGCAUGCCGGUGACUCAAGCUUCGCAUCUCAACCGGCUCACUGGCAGGCAGCUGCAUCUUCUCAGCCGCUUCCGCCUACCGGUAAAAGGCACAAGAAGAAGGGCAGGAAGUCCGGCCAUCCGGAAGAUGGAGGUAGGCCUGCGAAGAGGAGGAUGGGCGGAUUCUGAGCAUGUCAAGGGGCGGCAAGAAAGCAGGUAAGGGGCGCUGCAUUGCGCCGGGGCGUGGGCAUCGGUCGAU